AUGUUUAAGACAAACAUAUACAAGAUUACUUUAGUAUUUAAUAAAAUUAUAUUAGAGUUUAAUUAUAAAUUUGGCGUUUUAGAACUCAGUAAAAACAUAAUAUUUAAUAAAAAAAUUAGAAAUUUUAGUUUAGAAUCACACAAAAGUGGUAGUGGUGGAGUGAAGUGUAAAUUUUAUCAAGAUAUUUUGAAUAAUGAAAUAAACUGGUGUGAAUUGGUUACUACAAAUUAUCAUGAUUUUUUGAAUAUCGACUAUGAUAAGAAUUUAAAAGCGAAUUAG